AUGUCAACCGAACAGGCAGGCCAGAACCAGGAGCAGGCGCAGCAGAGCUACUACGAGUGGGCGAAGGCGAAGAUGCCCUCAACCGGCGGCCAGGCCGGCCCCAACCUGGAAGGCAAGACCCAGGAGGAGGCCAAGCAGAGCUACAUGGAGUGGGCCAAGGAGAAGUACGGCGAGCAGUACGAGGCCUGGAUGCCGUGGAUCGAGGACUACUUCCUCAAGUACUUCACCAAGGACAACAAGGCCAGCUAUGCCACCAAGCAACAACUCGACCAGACGAAGAUCACUGGCAUCGCACAGGUCGACAACCUCCAGGACGGCGUCAACAACCUGGUCGCCGGCCAGGUCGGCCAAGGCGGUCUGCUGCAGCCGGCCGGCGACCUCCUGUCGAAGGAGGGCAUGAACCGCGUCGAGCGCCAGGGCAAGGACGACAGCGGCGGCUACCUUCCCUCAGGCCUUACUGGAAGCCUUCCCGGCCUUCCUGGUCUUCCUGGUCAGAGCAAGGACGUUGCUGGUCAGGGCAAGGACGUUGCUGGUCAGGGCAAGGACGUUGCUGGUCAGGGCAAGGACAAUAGCGGCGGCUACCUUCCCUCGAGCCUUCCCGGCAUCCCUGGUCUGGGGAAGUAG